AUGGUGAACCGACAUUUGCAUUUGCAUUUGCGCCUGCCGUCGGAGACAUCUCAACCUCAUGAAGGUGUACUACGACAGGGUAGUCCCCAUAGUGACCUAUCCAACAACCUUUCAUUUCAAUCCUUGGAUAAUUAUCGACUAAAUUCACCCACAUCAGACCAUAAUGAACCACAAGUAAGAUCACGAGCACCUUCUUCACCGCCAUCACCACCACAACCAUUUCAGCGUCAUCGUCAUCGUGUCACUAGUAUAUCAUCAAGAACAGCCACUAGUCCUGUUGCCCACUCGCACCAUAGAUUUCCUCAUGCAAGACCAUUGGCUCGUUCGCAUCUGACUCGUGGAUAUAUAUCGCCUUAUUCAGGAUCAAUAACUCGAUCGCCGCUGAUUGAAUCUAUUGACCCCAUGGAUGAAGAACAUCAGAACCCUCAUUUGAUUAAUGCAAUACUUGCGCAACCAACAAGGCCAGCAAGUUUCGUGUCAACGUCUGCUCAAACUAUGUUUACGGAGUCGCAACGUGGUGGAUCAGUAUUGAAUAGAGCUACAACUACAUACACCACUACUCCCAAUACCUCGAAACCGCGUGCAAACAAUAUCCUAAAUUUGUCACAGCGGGUAUUGACUUGGUUGUACUCUAUUUCAUUGAUCAUCAUCAUUAUUAUCAUGUUGGCAUUCAUUGCCGUCACACCCAUUGAUGUCAUUGUACAAACUUUGAAAGCAACCAAUGCUAUUGCAGUCAAGACUUUUCUUGUUAUUAUUGUUUGUGUGGCGUUUUUAUUCUUUUCAUUGGUUAUGUAUUUGGGUAGAGUUUAUUCGUUUAGAGUGGCCAUGAAUGAUGUUUCAUCAAAAUCGUUAUAUAUCCCAUUUGAAGGCGACUAUCCCAAGGAUGUUUUCCAUUAUAUCGAUCUCAAGUUGAAACAUAGUGUUGAUGUUGGACGAAAAGCUGGUCCUUUGCAUCAAAACUACCCUUUAAAUCAUUCUGGGUUAUCACCGCCAGAAUACAUUCAGAAUCGUAAUCCUGGUUUGGAAGGGAAACUUCUACCACCAAAUAUUUCUUAUGAAGAUGUGUUGCAGAGUCUCAGUGACAAGUUCCAAAUUGGCAAAGUAUUCACAGUUGAUGACCUACCGGUGAAUUUAUCAGUUAAGGAGAUGUUGUUGUCUAUUUAUAAACAGAUAUUGGAGAUUGAAGAUCCCGGACAUGUAACAAAAAACAUGCCAAAUAUUCCCAAGUUGAUUGCCACUUAUGAAAAAUGCCGCUUUGGAGGCAAGUUGAUUGAAGAGAAGGAUAUGUUUACCUUAAUGGUUGAAAUUGACAAGUAUGGGCAAUUGUGUCAACAUGACUUUCAACUGAAGUUGCCUCAAAAGAGGAGAAUGAUUAGAUCCAGUCAAUCGUCAAAUACUUAUGAUGCUGGAGAAGGUGGUUAUUUGUCGAGCAAUGACUUGCGUUUUUUCAGUAGUGCCGUGUUUGAUGACCUGAAUGAUUAUGCUGCCCAGUAUGAUCAGUAUGGUUAUGACUACGACGAAUAUGAUGACGACGAUGAUGAAGACGAGGAAGAUACAUCGACCACUGGUGACUGCUAUCAACCUCAGCAGGUGACUGAUAUCGCUCAACUGAAACCGUUUACGUUUAAACCUCAUUAUCAUGCAUCCAAAGACGAUCAAGAUCGAAGUGGGCAGCUACAACACCAGCAGCAACAGCAGCAAAAACUGGAAGAGGAGUAUGAACAAUUAUAUCGUCCUUUGAGAAGACAAUCAAGUAUCAGCUCCUCCAAGUCGGUGAUUCGAAACAAGUUGGCAUUGAAUCAUAAUGCUAGCAGGCACACAUUGCUGCAUUUGACGUAUGAUGGUGGCGAUGGAUUGGGUGAUACUCAUUCGUUGUUUAGACAUCGUAGUGGAUACGUUACCGAUUCGGAAAACGAAGAUGAUUUUGAUGAUGAUGGUGCUGAUGGUGAUACGAGGUAUGCACCAGUUCCUCGCAUACGUGUUCAUGGAAGGGAUGAAGAGGACGUGCAUGACGGUACGAAUGGUGAUGAUGGAAACGGAGACAAACAAGAAGAAGAAGAAGAUGAUGAUGAUGAUGAUGAUGACGACGACGACGAUGAGAGUUUUUAUCGAUUCAGAAGACGAAAUAUCCAUCAAUCGAGACCAAUCACUCCUGAUAGGUCACCCAAUCGAUAA